ACCAAGUGCAUUAUUUUAUCACCCUUUCUAACGGAAAGUUCUGGAGAGUUAGCAGCGGAAUUCUCUACUAUCACCACUACAGAUGAACCUCAGCUUUCAGGUAAAGAGUGUCUUCUCUACGGUACACCCCCGUCAAACAGCGGCAUCUUCCAGACGGCUAUAACAUCUGUGUUCAAGAUCACUGAUGAAUACAGAGUUAGUAAGCCUGACACUCGAUAUCAGAUCCGUAUGUCUGCCAUACAGUAUUCUCAACGCGAAAAUCAUCUCACCGACUUACUGUCACCGUUCAGCAGCGAUCCACGCCGACGGACGGUACGGGUGGUAGACGAUCCGCGAGCCGGCGCAUUGCUCGAGAAACGAAUCCGAAAUUCGGGUCGAUUCGCCCGAUUUAGCUCUAUUUUACUUGAAUACAGUCGCCGAUCAUAG